ACUGAUCUCACUUUUCCAACAACACUCAUUUUCCUUCAAACCAAACACUCAACUAAAAACACCCAUAGCUUACCCUUUUACCAUUUAAGCAAAACAUGGCUCCUAACAUCACCAGUACCAAAGCUGCCACUCUCACCGUCACCAAGGCUCCAGUCCCUCCCAAAAGGGCUUACGUUACGUUCUUGGCAGGGAACGGAGACUACGUGAAGGGCGUGAUGGGUUUAGCCAAGGGACUCAGGAAGGUUAAGAGCAAGUAUCCACUUGUGGUGGCACAUUUGCCCGACGUCCCAGAGGAUCACAGGAAGAUACUUGUGGAUCAGGGUUGUAUACUUAAGGAGAUCAAGCCUGUGUAUCCACCUGAGAACCAGACCCAGUUUGCCAUGGCCUACUAUGUAAUCAACUACUCCAAGCUACGUAUCUGGGAGUUUGUGGAGUAUUCCAAGAUGAUUUACUUGGAUGGAGAUAUCCAAGUGUUUGAUAACAUUGAUCACUUGUUCGACAUGGAGGAUGGUUACUUUUAUGCUGUUAUGGAUUGCUUCUGUGAGAAAACCUGGAGCCACACCCCACAGUACAAGAUUGGCUACUGCCAGCAGUGCCCCGAUAAGGUCCACUGGCCUUCCAAGCUCGGUCCUAAGCCUCCACUUUACUUCAACGCUGGCAUGUUUGUAUAUGAACCCAGCCUAUCUGUGUACGAGGACCUCUUGACCACUCUCAAAGUCACCCCUCCUACCCCUUUUGCGGAGCAGGAUUACCUGAACAUGUUCUUUAGGGAUAUUUAUAGGCCCAUUCCGCCCAUUUACAACCUGGUCCUGGCCAUGCUAUGGCGCCACCCGGAUAACAUUGAGAUAGAAAAGGCCAAGGUCGUUCACUACUGUGCGGCUGGCUCCAAACCAUGGAGGUAUAACGGCAAAGAACAAAACAUGGACAUGGAACAUAUUAAGAUGCUGGUGGCAAAAUGGUGGGAUAUAUACAAUGAUGAAUCGCUUGACUACAAAAAUGUUGUGGCCACUGGCGAAGCAGAAGCUGAUGAGGAUGAGCAUGCAGGCCUGCAACAACUUUUCGCAGCGUUGCCAAAAGCUGGUGUUGUUCGUUAUAUUAACGCCCCAUCAGCCGCUUAAUGUUUGUGGCCUUGAUUUGGUGGGGAUAUUUAUUAUCAAUACUAUAGUACAAUAUACAAUUGAGGGAGUGUAAUUGGGUAAAUGU